AUCAACGAGGAGAUGGGCCGAUCGAUAGCGGUCCACACGCGCUGGGCGCUCGUGCUGCUCUGUGCGUCCCUUGCUUGCGGGCUGCACGGGUUGCGAGCCAUGCGCCAAUCGACGCUGCAAGGGACACAUGCCAAAGCGCGCCGCUCGGUGCGCAUGAUGGCGACCUCCGGCUCGGAUAAGCCGCGCGUCGCAUUACCAUCGAUCAACCAGGCCCUGCUGACGACCUGCGUCGUCGGCGCGCUGACCAACCUGCGGGGCCCGGUCGCGGCCAUGAUCGAUGGCGCGCCGCCGCCGCAAUCCGUCUUCAUCAACGGCUUGGUGCUCGCCUACGCGGCGGCGAACCUCUACAAGUCGCUGGCCAAGGUCGGCUACGCGACGCUCGACGGCCGCGAGCGCGACUCCUUCGCGCGCGAGGCCGGCGAACUCGCGCUCGCCGGCGAGGUCCCGCGGCGCGUCGGCGGCUACAAGGUCGCGACCUUCGCGGGCGGAUGCUUCUGGGGCACGGAGCUGCACUUCCAGCGCAUCCCCGGCGUCGCCGCGACGUGCGUCGGCUACACGCAGGGCUGGGCGGGCGAGCCGAACUACGACCAGGUCUGCGGCGGCCAGACGGGCCACACGGAGGCGCUCCAGCUCCUCUACGACCCGAACGUCGUGUCCUACGAGGCGCUGUGCUACAAGCUCCUCGACACCGUCGAUCCCACGGUCCUCAACCGGGUCCGCGGCGACGCGGGCACGCAGUACCGCCACGGCAUCUACCCCCACUCCAAGGAGCAGGCGGAGGCCGCCGCGGCCGUCGUCGAGGCCACGCAGGCCAAGUACGCCGAGCCCGUCGUCACGGAGGUCAAGGACGCGGCCGUCUUCUGGCCCGCGGAGAACUACCACCAGCAGUACCUCGAGAAGGGCGGCCAGGACGCGUCCAAGGACGCGACGGCGGAGGUCCGCUGCUACGGCUAAGCGUGCGUGUU